AUGGUUCUGUCAUGGCUCACAGGAUUUGGGGCUGGACUGCUCUCCCUGCACGUCUUGCAGAAACUUCUGUUCCCUUACUUCUGGGACGAUUUGUGGUUCUUGCUGAAGGUGAUGCGCUAUGGAAUUAAGAUGGAGAUGUACAAACUGAGAGGGGAGCUGGUCACGGUGCUGGAUAAGUUCUUGAGCCACGCCAGGAGGCAACCACAGAAAGCCUUCAUCAUUUAUGAGGGGGACGUCUAUACCUAUGAGGACGUGGACAAGAGGAGUAACAGAGUAGCCCAUGCAUUCCUGAGCCACUCCUCGCUGAAAAGGGGGGACGUUGUGGCUUUGUUGAUGAGCAACGAGCCGGACUUCGUUCACGUGUGGUUUGGCCUGGCUAAGCUGGGCUGCGUGGUGGCCUUCCUCAACUCCAACCUUCGUUUUGAAUCCCUUCUACAUUGCAUCCGCACCUGUGAACCCACUGCCGUGGUGGUGGGCGGAGAUUUGCUUGGAAGCAUAGAAGAAAUCUUUCCCAGCCUCCCAAAACAUGUCAGGGUUUGGGGAAUGAAGGAUUCUGUUCCAGAAGGUAUCGUUUCACUCAAAGAAAAGCUGAGUCUUGCCUCUGAUGAGCCAGUACCACCAAGUCAUCAUGUCACCUCAAGCCUCAAGUCUACGUGCCUCUACAUUUUUACCUCCGGAACAACAGGUCUACCCAAAGCAGCUGUGAUUAGCCAACUGCAGGUGUUGAAGGGAUCUGUUGGGCUAUGGGCAUUUGGCUGCACAGCUGAUGACGUUGUUUAUAUAACCCUCCCUCUGUACCAUAGCUCAGGGUCUCUCCUUGGAAUUGGUGGAUGUGUUGAGUUGGGGGCCACAUGUGUGUUAAAGAAGAAAUUCUCCGCAAGCCAGUUUUGGAAUGAUUGCAAGAAGUACAAUGUGACUGUGUUUCAGUACAUUGGGGAACUUUGUCGUUAUCUGUGCAAACAACCUCAGAGAGAAGGAGAAAAGGACCACCGGGUGCGUUUGGCAGUUGGAAACGGUAUGAGCAGUGAUGUGUGGAGACAAUUUUUAGACAGAUUUGGAAAUAUUAAAAUGUGUGAAUUUUAUGGAGCUACCGAAGGAAACAUAUGCUUCAUGAACCAUACUGGGAAAGUUGGAUCUGUUGGGAGAGCAAACUUCUUCUACAGUCUGUUUUUCUCCUUUGAGUUGAUAAAGUAUGACUUUCAGAAAGAUGAACCACUGAGGAACGGACAGGGCUGGUGCUGCUGUGUGAGAAAAGGAGAACCUGGUCUCCUCAUUUCUCGAGUCAAUAAGAAGAAUCCCUUCUUUGGCUAUGCUGGUUCAUACAGGCACACAAAAAGCAAGCUUCUUUUUGAUGUGUUUAAGAAGGGAGAUGUUUACUUCAACACAGGAGACCUAAUGUUCCAAGAUCAUGAGAACUUCCUUUAUUUUUGGGACCGUAUUGGAGACACUUUCAGGUGGAAAGGAGAGAACGUCGCAACCACAGAGGUCGCUGAUAUGCUUGGGAGGUUGGACUUCAUACAGGAAGCAAACGUGUAUGGUGUGCCUGUGCCAGGUUAUGAAGGAAAAGCGGGAAUGACUUCUGUUAUUCUAAAACCAAACAAGUCUUUAGACUUAGAAAAAAUGUACAACCAAGUGGUGACAUCUCUACCAGCUUACGCCUGCCCACGGUUUUUAAGAAUUCAGGACAAAAUGGAAACAACAGGGACAUUCAAGCUAAAGAAGCUACAACUGAUGGAAGAAGGAUUUAAUCCGCUGAAGAUUUCUGACCCACUUUACUUUAUGGAUAAUUUGAAAAAAUCUUAUGUUCCAUUGACCAAAGAGAUUUAUAAUCAGAUAAUGUCAGAGGAGCUUAAACUUUAAGACUGUAUUUAUGGGACUUUGAUGGCUUCCUGGGAAAGGUGAUGGAAGAUUCAUGAGCUUCUUUGCGGACAAACAUGGAGGAGUUCUUUUCAUAAAUUGAAAAAAAUCUUACAUGAAGCAUGCGUUUUGUAUA